AGCAGCGGCAUCAGGGCAGGGACUGACUCCAGCCCUUGGACUUCAGGCUUCGCUCGCACCACCUUACGUUGCGUGCGUGACUCAUUCGCAUAUCAUUUCUGUUUAUGCCUGGGGUGGGGAGAAAUAUCCCAAACCAGCUGUGUAAAUGAGUAUGGAAGAUUAUGAUUUCCUGUUUAAGAUUGUUUUAAUUGGCAAUGCCGGCGUGGGGAAGACGUGCCUAGUCCGACGAUUCACUCAGGGUCUUUUCCCCCCAGGUCAAGGAGCCACAAUUGGAGUUGAUUUUAUGAUUAAGACCGUGGAGAUUAAUGGUGAAAAAGUAAAGCUUCAGAUCUGGGACACAGCAGGUCAAGAGAGAUUUCGGUCCAUUACUCAGAGUUAUUACCGAAGCGCCAAUGCCUUGAUCCUCACCUAUGACAUAACCUGUGAGGAAUCCUUCCGCUGCCUUCCUGAGUGGCUGCGGGAAAUAGAACAAUAUGCCAGCAACAAGGUCAUCACUGUGCUAGUGGGCAACAAGAUUGAUCUGGCUGAAAGGAGAGAGGUCUCCCAGCAGAGAGCAGAAGAAUUCUCAGAAGCCCAGGACAUGUAUUAUCUGGAGACCUCAGCCAAGGAAUCGGAUAACGUGGAGAAACUCUUCCUUGACUUGGCGUGUCGCCUCAUCAGGGAAGCCAGGCAGAACACCCUUGUGAACAGUGUAUCAUCACCCUUACCUGGGGAAGGGAAAAGCAUCAGCUAUUUGACUUGUUGUAACUUCAACUAAAGGCCAAGGCAAGGAGAAGCAAGAGGAAUCAUCCGCUGUACCAAUGGGCCACACAUUGCUGGGGAGAUCUGGCAAUGAUGAUGGCUCCCGCUCUCAGACCUUCUGACUCCUGAGUUUACAAGCAUGGCAGGCAAAGGGCCUAGUCCACAGGCCGGGAUUAGCAGAACAUAUAAUGGUUUCGUCCUUUUGCAGUCUGGAGUCAGAGCAAGGAGACGAUUGCACUAGGUGCUCCAUGACCUGCAGAGCAUGUUGCUUUUGUUUUUU